UAGUAGAAAUACUCGGAGGAAUAUAUGUAAGUACAUAUUGUGAAACUAAAGAGAACAGGGAUGUCUCUGUUAAAUUUUUAUGGCCUGCCAUGGAGUCUUAUCGAUCAAUGUUGAGCAUUCGUUCAGGUCAGUUUCAUUCGUCAAUUCUCAUUUUUAUUUCCACUCGUAUAGCUGGUAAAGGAGUGGUGACCCAAAAUCCAAUCACCUGCAGUGCGUGACUUUGGGCUCUUCUUUUUUCUGUCCCAAUAACUCGAGUUGUUGGGAGAAGGUUAUGUUGAAUCUUAUACAGGCCCAUAUAUGGUACUUAACCACUUCCUUACAGUUGGCCUAUAGAGAAAAAAAAAUGUAUUGAAAUCUGCCGAGUCAUAUGUUAUAUGAUAUGUGUCGCAUUUUCUCCCUUUAUCCAAAAGGAGAGGAAAUUUUGAUGACAAUUUCCCCCCUUAUAUUCCCUUAACAGUCAAUGAAUGAAUUUGGCCACGUUUUUUUUUUUUUUUCCUCGACGAUUGAAUUUUGACCAUAUUUCAUAGAUACCGUGUACCACAGAAAUUAAGAGGGUUCUAUAUGGAUGAUUUUGUGUUUGUAAGGGUGGCUAUGGGCGCUUAAUCAUGGACUUAGUUUGGAUUGGAACAAAAUCGAAGCUCUAGGACUCUUCUUGUCGAAACCGAUUCACAGUUGCCUUCUUGCAUAGUAGAAUCGAUCCCCUACACCCUCAACCAUCCUCCUCUCUAUACCAUUUGUUAGAAGACAAGUUCUGGAUUGAUUACUACGCAUUUCUCACAUAUACUAUGAUAGGAACAGAGUCGUAGAUUGACCCUCAAAAACACAAUCUCGCGUAUUAUUAAAAUAUGCGUGAAAUUAUGAAUCCAUCCACAGGAUCGAUGGAUGCCACUUUUUAUACUAAAGUAUGCAUGAAAAUUAUGCAUCCAUCCACAAGAAUUUUAUGCAUCUCGUCUAAAAAAUGAGUUAAGAGUUUUGAUUCAUCCAUGAUCGAUCAUUCCAACAUAUUAAUCUAACCAGGGCUGAUACCACAAACAAUAUAAUUUUGUUUUUAAAAAAUAUAAUUCUUUAACUCAAGGUUUGAGUUUAAAGUUGGAUAAAUAUAACCAUUCACACAUUAGUACGUUACUAAUAUAGCCAUAGUAUCAGAAAAUAUUUAAUAAUUUCCAAAAUGGAUAAAUAGUAUAUGGAACUGAAAUGUAAAUAAAAACAAAGCCACUCGUUUACACUUUACACAUAGAUUAGAUUUAAUGGCUUCAUAGUUCAUCCGCACACAAAAACUUAGUCAAUGUUGAUCCAAACAAAAUAUGGUCAAUGCAAAAGAUGAAAAGGUUGACCAAAACUUUGGUCGUCGAGAUAUGUCCACGCCAUUCCAAAACAAAUGGAAUCCCUGUGAAAGAAAGAUUAACACGGGGACUUUCUGUUUCCUUUCCUUUUAUCUUUUUUGCCUUUUCACCUUUGGGCUUUGUGUUUGGAUAAGAAGAUGAUUAUUAACGGAGAGGAAGGAAUUAAUGGCGGGUGUGGAAAAUUAUAAACGGAUAAGCCAGCUAGCUAUAUUAUAGGAUGUUCUAUCUAAAUUUCUUUAUUAUUAUUAUUAUUAGUAGCAGUAGUUUUAAGGUAAAUUUCAACAUUUUUUAAUCAAGUUCUUACAUUUGAUUUUCAUCGCUGAUUAUUAAGAUGGGUCGUACCUUAUUGAUUGAAGAGGAACUUUUUUUUUUUUACAAAAUUGAAGAGGAACUUAAUGUGCACCUAAGAAUCUAAGAUUAAUACAAAAUUACAUUGUUUUCAAUGAUCAAUACAUGUAGGUAAUCACUGUAUUUUGAUUGCCUAAUUUUAUCCACGAAGAAAAAUUGUGAUUCCCUAUUUAAUAUUUCUCGUAUUUAUUCCACUUAUCACACCUAGGGGUGAACAAAGUGACCCGCAAACCGUUCCACUCGUCCUACCCAACCCAACUCACCCUUAUUUAUCGCUAAAGUUAAAGUUUAAGGUUGGAUGAGGGUUUUUUUUUUUUUUGUACAACCCAUCUCUUUUGGGUUGAGUUUGGAUUUUGGGUUGCACACGCGUAGAACCCGACCCAACCCGUGUCCCAACUAUUAGUAUGAGUGUUUUAUCAAAAAAAAUAAACGUAUCUUUUAUAAGCAUAGUUGUGAUUCACGUAACCUAUGCAUACUUCGACUUAAAUUUAGACGUAAAUUUAAUAUAAGCUAUGAUUCACAUAAUCCUUUUUCUUGUAUACAAUUUUAAGUGAAUAAUAUAUUAUGAUUUAUGGUUAUGUUUGUUUAUGUGCCUAUUUUGAAAAAUGUUUGUGAAAAACCAGACAUAUGUUAAAGCAAAUCGCCUUUUAUUAAAAUUCAAACAACAUUUUUUAUGCUUUUCACAUUUAUUCGUUUGAAGUUUUAGUAAUUAUAUAAUAAUUUUACGGUGUAGAAUAAUUGUUCAUUUUGUGUUGGGUUGAGUUUUUACUUAAAAGUAUCGCCAACCCGAGCCAACCCAAUUAUAUACAAACCGUAGGGUUUUAAUUUUGUUUGGCGGGUUUGGAUUUAGUAUUUUCAAAAUCGUAGGUCAUGAGAUAAGUGGUUAAAAUAGCUAAACCCGAACCACGCGACCCAUGUACACACCCUAAUCACACCGGUUUACAGCCCAUAUCAACUUUAAGCCAGCAGUGGAUAUUGAGCCCAAAACUUUUGGCAGGUCAGCUCCCGGAAUUCUGUACCAUUUUGUGUUGGAACUCUUUAUUCCAAACUCAUUUCUUGAUCAUUAUGGGAGGAAAAAAGGUAAAAAACUCAUUUCUAUAAGCAUCUUUGGGCCAGCUUAGCUAGUGCAGGCCGAACUGGAAUAUCCCUUGUCGAAGCGAUAAUGGAUCGGACAUAUGAACGGAAACGCACUGAGCCCACUUGCGCAUGUUCAUUUCUGGGCUGGGUUCACAUUCUGGUCUGAAACAGUGGAUUUUUUUUUUGUACAGUCAACAAACAUUGUACGCUAAUUAUUCUGCUGUUGAAAUGUCGACACAAUAUUUUCUUUCACUUUUCGUUUCACUAAUCUUGUAAGAUGUUGAAUCUUCCUCUAGUUUACAACUUUUUUAUAUUGGAAAUCACAAUCGCCACUUUUUGUCAACUUGGUUGCUGUGUACUAUUGCGCCCACUUUCGAGUUGCAAGCAGCCAAGUCAUGGAGUGAGAGAAGAUACAAAUGUUGAUUAUGAACAGGACUGGAGUGCGAGUUACAACUUAAAAUAUCUAAACAAACUGUAACAAGAAAAGGAUGGGCAGAAGGAAAGAAGACUAGGAUCCCUCCAAAUAUUGCAUGGAAAAUUUAGCUGGGCCAUUUAUUGUAUGGUGAAAUACCAUUAAUAUUCCGAUCAAGGAAUGUGCAUCAACCCACGCAAUGGUAGAGCUGAGAGAUAGGUCAAAAGUGGGAGUCUCUCCGAACUAAUUGUUUAAACCUAAUUAAAUUUAGGUUGAUACGGUAGUUUGGUCUGAAGUAUGGAUAUUGCACUAAUGAACUAUUGUGGCUCGAAUUUUUUUUUUACAAAUUUUAUCAUGUCAAAAAUUUCAAAAUAAUUGGAUCAGUUCGGCCUGGAUGGUGAGUUAAUCGUCAACUUAUACGAUCAACAACUUUGACCAUUAGUCUUAGUGCCGCAUCAUGCAUAAAAAAGACAACUUUGAAAAACAAAAUAUCAAGUAUUUACAUUCAAAUUAGAAACCGAGUUGGUGCAAGUAUUUUGAGAUUUUUGGGUCAAAAUGAAAAUAGUAUAUUAAUGUAAAGUUGAAAUAAUUAUGAAAGUACACAUUGAAUAAAUUUUCAAAAUUUCCAUUUUUAAAUUUUUUUUAUGCUUGUGUGGUAUUUAAACUAACAGUCAAAAUUGUUGACCGCCAAAUUUGUCCUAUUAUUUUGAAAAUUUGGACAUGAUAGGGAUUUUCAAAAAUCAUGUCAGAUUAGUUCAUUAGUGUAAAGUCCAGCUCAAACUAAGGUAUUAAGUAUUAACCCUAAAACUUACUUUGUAUCGCAUUGAUUGUUUCAAGACAUCUAAUGCAUUGAUAUUACGAGGUUCAUCGUAACAAUUAAAUUAUUGUGAGUUGGGCUCUGUCUCGUUAGAUUUUUUUAAUCCCGAGUCGCUAACUACCACUCAUACAUGGGCACGAGUCAACAAGACAUGACAUUCUCAUCAAGAGCCAAUGCCAACAAGAAAAUGUCUCAUGGUCACGAGGCCGCACACCAAAGAGACAAAGACGCUAAGUCUCGAUCGAGCUGGUUGGGCAAGGGCACGGGUUCAGAUGGAUGAGUUGGCUCCUAUUCAAGCCCUAAGCCAACGUGGCGGCGUGAGACGAUCACCACAACACGAUGAGGCACCCCAAGAGCGGCUCACCAAGAUGUGGCACAACAUGACGCGAGGCCAAGCCUAUCGGCGAGAACUACGCUUCAGGACUUGUGUCAGUUCUGAGAGAUACACUCAUCACAGAUUAGACAUGGUCACAAACCGUGUUCAAAGAGUCGUGAAUCUGAGUCUCGGUAUAAUUGUUCCAAGCAAUCAAUCUAAGUCAAUGUGCAUCAAUCGUGUGUUGAAAGAAAGGAAGGUUUAUGGCAGGAAGACACUUAUCACAUUAUUUUUCUUUCAAACAUUCAUCUUCCACAUAGUCAAGCAAGCCAGAAAUAAAAAAUGAGUAAAAUUUAUAUCCGAUGUGGCAAAAUGCAUAUUGUUUUAAUUUUGUAGCUGACCUGGCAUCGAUCCUUGUCCUCCCAGCUAAUCUGGCACUUUUUUUUUUUGCGUGCGUUAUAAAUCAUCAUGAAACCUUAAUAGUGUCGUUGAAAACAAGCCAUUAGGGGCCAAAGCCAAACAGUAUGGCGUUGUUAGGUCUGGAACACGACAAAGAUAUUGGCAGCCCAAUCAUGGAAAUAUGAUGGACAGACAGACACCAUCCCCUUCUUCCCUUUGGCAUUAUGCCGUCAUCGCGCCUCCGACGUGCUAUGAUGAGGAUGAUGAUAUAUUGAUAUGUGAUAUGUAUUCUAUUUCUUCUGUUUAACUUACUAUCUAAACAUACUAAAACAAAACUCAAUUCAAUGGCUAAAAACACUUUUAUUAAUUACACUUGUUUGAACAUAUUGAAGUUUUGGCAUAUAUGUAGAUUAGAAAGAAAAAAAGGAAUAGCGUAAAUUCAAUGUAACAAAAUCAAAAUGUACUGAAAUGUCUACUUAUAAUUCUCAAAUUGUAACAAAAUAAUCAUUCCCACUAUCUUCAUCAAAAUUUUGUUUAAAGUUAAUACCUUAAUCUGCCCCGAACUUUUUUCACAAAUAUACUACUUUGACCUUUCUUUUCUGGAAUACAAAUUAAAUUAUUACACUCAACGCGCUAGAUCGGUGGCAUGUCAGCACAAAUAAAUUACAAAAAUUAUAAUUUCAAUCAAUUAAUUUUUAGACCCAUAAAACUAAGUAGGGGUGUUCAAACGGAUUGGUUACCGUGGUAACCAUAUUAACCGGUAGCAUUCGGUUAAUUUGGUUUGGUUAAUUUGGAUAAUUGGUUUGGUUAAACAAUUUAGCUUAUUUGGUUUAGGUGGUUUGGUUUCAACACUGCUAACCAAUGAAACCAAUUGAUGAUACACCUAAUAUACAAAAUUAUUUAUACUUCCAUGCAACCAAUCAAACCAAACUUUCGUGAUUCCCUAUUUUAUUUCCAUGUGCCCAACAAACAAAAGCAUUAUGGGUCAAAAAUUAAAUGGGUCUGCCUAUUUACUAAACCAAAACAUUUUGGACAGCUACUAGACUUUAGGAUUACGUACAAUACUGUGACAACAACCUCAAACUAUGUAUGGUUUAAGUGUUUUGUAGGAGAGCUUUAACUUCUUGAUGAGUGAUAUUGAAUUGUAUUUAAUAUUUAUGUUAGGGUUUGUUGUAAGCUAACUAUAUUAGGUGCGGAGAUGGUGAAUGAUGAUGAUAAUCAUGGAUGGUUAGUCUUUUUUUUUUUUAGGUUGUAGUCUUAUUACUAUUGCUUAUAUAUAAUGAUAGUUUAUGAUAGUAAUAACAUAUGGUUAUAUUUUAUUCAUUAACAGAAUAAUUGUUUUCAUGUAAUACUAUGUUAUUUGGUUAAUUCAAUUAUCCGAUUAACCAAACAAAUUAAACUUUGGUUUGGUUAAUUUGAUUUUCGUGUUAAUUUGGACGGUUUGGUUAAAAUAUUUUAUUCCAUAGUUAAUGAAAUUUAUACAUAAUUGGUUUGGUUAUUGCCACGGUUACCAUUUGAACAUCCCUAAAAAUAAGAGCAAUGAAGCGAUGAUCAUUAUUUUCCUACGAUCCCGGGCCUUUGGCCCACUGCGAAGGUUUGACACGGGCUUUUGAAGAGGCCUUUGGUAAGGCCCACAACCUAUCAAAUCUAUGAGGAUCUAUUAGGUUUCGAUCUCACCGAACUUUGCACUGUGCGGCCCAUUUGGCCAUCUCCAAGUUGGAAAAGGGGAAUGGAUUUUUAUUAUUUUUCAUUUCCCUUCCAUCCAGAUAUAUAUCUCGAAAUGACAAUUUCCUGCGUUGCUUCUGCUUUUGCUUUUUUAUUCCCAUUUCCUUGAGACCCUAUUUUUAGGUGCAUUAUGUUAGUGUAAGCAUCCAUUAAUUAAUAAACAUAUUAUUAUCAU